AAAAGCCUAGCAAUUGGGCAGUGUAGGAGAGCAGAGCUGCAGAGGCUCUAAUUUUGUUUUCCCAUUCCUAACGAAAAUACCUUCCUCUUCUCUCACUCCCUAUCGGAAGUCGCCGUUCGAAUGCGGGUUUAAUUUCCCUGGUUCGGCGAUCGACGGCGACCGGACGGCGAGGAAAGCUGACUGUCAGUCCUAGGGUUCCGGCGAGCUCCAUCCAUCCUUAAGGUGUAAUGGCGUCGGAAGACGUGGUUGGGAAGAGAAGAAGCGAGUCUGCUGUCGAGACGAUCGUCAAUCUGGCCGAAGAGGCGAAGCUCGCCAGCGAAGGAGUUAAGGCGCCUCGGCAUGCUCUCCUCAGCAUCUGCAAGUCUCUUGUCGCCGGAGGAGUAGCCGGAGGAGUGUCACGUACUGCAGUUGCUCCCUUAGAACGGUUAAAGAUUUUGCUCCAGGUUCAGAAUCCCCAUAGUAUAAAAUACAGUGGGACAAUUCAGGGAUUACAAUAUAUAUGGAAAACUGAGGGUUUUCGAGGGAUGUUUAAAGGCAAUGGCACUAAUUGCGCUCGCAUUGUCCCAAACUCAGCAGUCAAAUUUUUUAGUUAUGAGCAAGCAUCUCAGGGUAUUUUGUGGCUUUACCGGAAGCAGCCUGGAAAUGAGGAUGCUGAACUCACUCCUCUGUUACGCCUUGGGGCUGGAGCAUGUGCUGGAAUUAUAGCCAUGUCAGCAACCUACCCAAUGGACAUGGUACGGGGUCGGCUAACUGUCCAGACUGAGAAAUCUCCUCGACAGUACAAAGGAAUAUUUCAUGCUCUUUCGACAGUCCUCCGAGAAGAAGGCCCUCGGGCUUUGUACAAAGGCUGGCUUCCUUCUGUCAUUGGAGUAAUUCCAUAUGUUGGCCUCAAUUUUGCAGUGUAUGAAUCUUUGAAAGACUAUUUGAUCAAAAGUAAACCAUUUGGACUUGUUGAGAACUCAGAUUUGAGUGUAAUAACAAGGCUUGCAUGUGGGGCAGCUGCUGGAACUGUCGGCCAGACAGUUGCUUACCCUCUUGAUGUCAUCCGUCGAAGAAUGCAAAUGGUAGGCUGGAAAGAUGCUGCUUCAGUUGUCACAGGUGAUGGGGCAAGCAAGGCACCGCUUGAAUAUACUGGAAUGGUUGAUGCAUUUAGGAAGACGGUUCGGCAUGAGGGAUUUGGUGCAUUAUACAAGGGUCUGGUUCCCAAUUCAGUCAAGGUGGUUCCUUCCAUAGCAAUUGCAUUUGUGACAUAUGAGGUAGUGAAGGACAUUCUUGGAGUUGAGAUGAGGAUAUCUGACUGAAGUUAAAGGGCAGUGUGAUCUUCAUUAAAGUUCGUUGUCUAUUUGUAAGCUGAAAGAAAGGAGGAGGUGAAUCAUGGUCAAAUAGUUAUACGGGCAGUGAGAAAACUCAAAUCAGAUACUGAAUAGCCUAUCACCUGCGCCAUCCACUCGGAUCUCUCCAUCAGAAUAGAAGUUAGUUUUUAGUUAGUUAUUUUCAAACAUUGCCAAUAAAGAUUUGUGAUGAAAUGAUGCAGCUUGAUGCAUUCUCAUACAGCUGUCUAGAAUAUCUUUUAAGUUAUUCUUUCUCCCAGUUUUACUUGAGACUUGUUAAUUAUGAAGUAGAAAGAAGGUUUUUUGUCUUGUA